AUGUCCCGCCUUAGUCGAUGCGGACUACCACAACAAGGUCCGAGGAACUGUCAGACAGACUUAUGCAUGCCUAUCGAGCAUUACAAGGCGUGCAAGGGUCUCGAGUUCACCCAAGGUAAGACAAGCAGGGCAAGCAAGCAGAUGUUCGCAGACACCCCUGCCCAUCAAGCCCCCGUCAUACGCCUCGUCUCCACUCCAGCCCAGCAGAGCGGAGCCACAAUCGCGCCCGACCGUGCCCGACCAUCAUUGGGGAUCCUGGGGCGCAAGAACCAGUUCACUACCAUGGCAGACACCAACGAGCCCCAGCCAGGCCCGCUCAACUACAUCGUGGGCUUUACGCUAGUCGGCAUCGCCUGGGGCCUCACAACGCCCUUCAUCCGCCGUGCCGCAAAGGACCACCAUCCCGCGCCGCACCCGUUGCUCGAAUCCGACGCCGUCAAGGCCAGCUGGCUCAAGAGCAGGGUGUACGGGGCCUUUUUCGCCGUCCUCGACCUCCUGCGAAACCCACGCUACGCAGUGCCACUGCUUCUGAACCUGACGGGCAGCGUGUGGUUCUUCCUGCUGAUUGGGAAGGCUGAGCUGAGCCUGACUGUGCCCAUUGUCAAUACAUUGGCAUUCCUCUUCACUGUCGUUGGGGAUUGGGUCUUGCCUCAAGGCUUCCAAGAUGGCGACGGCUAA